UCUUGGGUGUGUCUCUAGUAGACUCCGCCCCGGGCAGGUGCCAUCACCCCGGGUCCCGAAGGCCCUCCUCGCUCCAGGCUGCCGCUGGGAGGUGGGUGCGUGAGCACCGAGUAGGGACGGGAGCCGGGGGCCGGCGCCAGAAGACCGACGGCCAGUGCCCAGCUCGACCUCGCUGCGCGCUCUCAUCUCUUCCUCUCCGGGAAAAGCUCCCCGCGGCCUCUCAAGUCCUCAAAUGGACCACAAGGCUCUAGUGCCCGAGGGGAGGAAGAAGGCGACGGUGUCCCCGAGAGCCGGUCGCACACGCGCGCUCUCACCAGCUCGGCUCGCAGCCCGGCCAGGGUGCUCUAGACGCUCGGGUCUCUGCUCCUUCUGCGCCUCCGCUUCCGCCUCCGCCGGGGGGCGCCGGGAGCCCCCUCGCGGCACAGCCAGCUGGAAGGCGCCCGCCAGCCGCCGCCUGAGGUCUUCCGGCAGCCGGCAUGGGGGCGACGGGGGCCUCCUCCUGGCCGUCCGUGCGCUUGCUGCCCCCGGGGGAGCCGCGCGUCGGGCAAGGGCCUCGGGGCCAAAGCCCAACACUGACUGGGACUCCGAGGGGUCCCCGGGAAGUCGCUUCUCUGCGGCUGCCGGAGUCCCCGGGGCCCAUUCCAGAGGCGGCGGGGCCCAUUCCAGGCAUGUAUUGCUAACCGUUGGUUUCCAAGUGCGAGAAUUAGGGCGGGUGAGGGCGGGGGCGGGGGUAACUAACAGAACCGACGGGACCGCUGGCAAGUGGGAGACGCCGCUGUCGCUCAGCCCCUCGGAGGCGCAGGCGCUUCCUUUCUCCCAGACUCAUCUCUGGCCUUCCUCCCAUUUUAGCGGCAAUCGGAGGAGGUGGUUCCCCGUAACUCCGCGAAGAGGUUGCAACUGGAUCACUUCUUGCUCCUUGGAGUGUCUAAAAGGAAGACUUGUAUCUCUCCAGACAGAGCAUGAGCUGGGGAGGUACAGAGACGGAGGGAGACAGAGUAUCUGAAGCUGACUCUACCGACAGCAGAGAGCUCGAUGUGGGGCCCAAACUCUUGAACUGUGAAAUCAUGACCUGAGCUGAAGUCGGACUCUCAGUCGACUGAGCCACCCAGAUGCCCUGAGAUUGCCCAGUUUUAUUCUGCAACUUAAAAUCCUAUCAGUGGUUGAAGUAAAACUUAACAUAAAUUAAAUCCAACUGAUUCCAGACAAGAAGUACAGUGCAUAAGAAAAGAGUUUUAUAUCGGAUGCACCUUUGCCAAUAAACGGUGAUCAAUUCUGGACCAUCAAAAGAAGCAGUUAUUGUUACUUAUACUCAUAUAAUGCUAAGGAGGAAAAGGUGCUAGUGAGAAAACAUCUCCCAGGAAUAAUCCAUGACUGCUACACCUUCAUAAUUCUACAGUAUGUGCAGAGAUUUCCCAUAUGGACUUGACAUGCCAAAGAAAAAUGCUGCUUGGUUUGGGAGAUAGUAUCUUGGAGAGAAAUGUAAUAGAGAGCUUUCUGGGGCUCAACAAAUUCAUCAUGUACUAACAAUUUCAGAUAACAUGAAAUGCUGCCCUCCAAGGAAAACCAUGAAGUAUUGCCAGUGAACUUAAAGUCUAAAAUAGGGAAUUGCCAAGUCUUGGGAUGAAACAUGUAAAUUUAUUUCUUCACCAUGAAGGUGGUUACUGGGAAAGCUAAAGGGAGAUGCUGGAGAAACUGACCAUGACUUUUGAUUGAUGGCUCCUGAUUUUCUCCCUCAUGAUUUAAAAUGGGUUGUUUUGUUUUGUUUUUGUUUUUAAAUUUUUUAAUGUUUAUCUUUCAGAGACAGAGCAUGAGCAGGGGAGGGGAAGAGAGAGAGGGAGACACAGAAUCCAAAGCAGGCUCCAGGCUUUGAGCUGUCAGCACAGAGCCUGACAUGGAGCUCAGACUUACGAACUGUGAGAUCAUGACCUGAGCCGAGGUCAGACACUAAUCCAACUGAGCCACUCAGGCACCCCUAAAAUGUUUUUUUUAAAGAAAAAUGGAAUAUAUGACAAAGACUUGGAAGAACAUAUUUGGUGGAAGAUUUAUUAUUUGCAUGGCCAAAAAAAUAAUGAGGGGACAGGGUGCUUGAAAGUGAAGUUUAUAGGUGACAAAAUUCUUUCAAUGAAAUUAUAAAACAGUACUCUAUGAAAGACAACUAAAUGAUGUAACAUAUAAGACUGAGCUACUUGAAGUUAAAGACCAGACAUUCAUUUUUAUAUCCCUUGUAUCUUAUAAAGCACUUGAACCAGGUAAAUGUUUGUAUCAGUGAGGAUUAGAUACCGCUGCAAAUAACAGAAAAAACAAAAAUAUCAAGACAUGACUUUAUUUCUAAGUUAUAAGAAAGAAGCCUGAAGAUGGACACUUGAGAGGUCACAUGAGAGCUCUGUAAAGUUAUCAUGGGUCCAAACUUGUCCAUCUCACUGCUCUACUAUCCUUAGCAUAACCCUUGUGCUCAUGGUCCAAGAUUACUGCUGGAGCACCAGCUAUCACAUCUACAUUCCAAGCAGCAAAAUGGAGGAAAAAGAAGUCUGGACUGCUUUUUUUUUUUUAAUGUUUAUUUAUUUUUGACAGAGAGAGAAACGGAGCAUGAGUGGGGGAGAGGCAUAGAGAGAGGGAAACACAGAAUCCAAAGCAGGCUUGCAGGCUCUGAGAUAUCAGCACAGAGCCCUAUGUGGGGCUCGAACUCACAGACCAUGAGAUCAUGACCUGAGCAGAAGUCAGACACUUAACCAACUGAGCCACUCAAGUGCCCCAGGCUGCUCCUUUUAAAGAAAUCUUUUAGGAACACUCACAUAUCACUGAGUAGAACAUAUUCACUUGGCCACACCUACAUGCAAGGGAGUUUGGGAAAUGUAAUGUUUUACCUGGGGCCAUGUGCCAAACUAAAGGAAAAGGGAAAGAUAUUGGGAAGUAGUUCUCAGUUUAGCAUGGAACUCAAUAUAGAUCUUUAUUCUAUAUCAAUAGGAAAGAGAAAAUUAUCAGAUCCAACUACAAUAAUAUUAAAAUAGUAACUAUGAUUUACUGAGCUAGAUGCUUUAGUUCAUCUUGGGCAAUGAACACCACAGCCAUGAGGCUAUAGAUACUAUUUAGCCUAAUUUUACAGAUAAGAAAACUGAGUUUCAGAGAAGUUGAGCAACUUGCUGAAGGUCACACAGCUAUGGAAAAGCCAUGAUAUAAACCAAGGUCUACCUGGUUCCAAAGUCUGUUCUGUAAAAAUCUUUGCUCCUUGAUAUGGUUCGUGUACCAGCAGCCUCGGAAUUACCUGGAAUCUUGUCCCCCCCCCCCCGCCGCCCCCGCCAAAAAAAAAAAAAAAAAAAAAAGCAAACAAAAAAUAGAAUUUUUGGACCCCACCCUAAACUGCCAAAUGCAAAUCUGCAAUUUAACAAGUUCCUGAGCUGUAAAUCUAUUAAAGUUGGACAAGCCUCAUUCCCUGCCAUUCUGCCAUAAAUAUAUCAGACCUCACUGAUAAUAAAGUUCGCCUUUAUUCUUUAGGGAAAGAAUUUCAGUCAGUUAUAUUUUAGUGUGAGUUUAUAUAAUAAUGUUAAUUCCUCACAUAGGAUUAGCAGAUAGGGGAAUAAUUUCCAAAUAACAUGGAAAUUACAUUAGUUCAAAUAUGAUUCCUUUCCCCAGCACAUUAACUUUUUGCCCCCAUCAAGUUAAUGCAAAGCAAUUAACACAGUUGAGCACCUAGCCACAGAAAGCACAAGACUGUACAUCACUCCCAAUCACUUCAAGUCAGUACUUGGCUCAGUUUAGCCACAUGCUGUGUCUCUAAAGUGCUUACUGCUGGAGUUUCCUUUAUCUCUGUGCAUUUUGUCCUUGCCUCUUAACUUAGCAGCUCCCACCUUCCCUUUCACCCCUUCCAUCAAGUCACCUUCCCCUUCUUUUUAGGAAAAGUACUCUAUUUACUAUGUUACGUCUUUGAUGAAUGGUAACUUAGUAUGUCUUUUUUAAGUUUGCAAGGAUUUUUCAUUAAGAUGUUAACAUUUUUGAUAGUUGUAUAGGAGUUAAGGGACCUACCCAGCUUAAUUUUCUUCCAGUUCGCCCUAUUAUUUUUAGUAAGCAGUUUUGCUAAAUGAAAGGAACAAAGUAUAUCAUGUUACAACAACACAAAUGCCCACAUUCUGCAAUGAUUAGAGAGGUUCAGAAGAAACACUAUCCAUCUACUUUUGGAUAAAUACCCAUUAUUCUCAAAGGUGCAGCACAAUGCACAGAAGAGAUGAUGGGCUUGAAGACAGAAGAAAUGCAUUAAAAUAGUCACUGACAAAAAUCCCCAGCUAAAGGGUUAAAACUGCUCUCAGCAUUGAAAUGCAGUUAGUAUGAUGAAAGUUUCUGAGACAAGUCCAAGUGAUUAACAUAGGCCCCUACCCAGCUUCUGCUUUUGCAGCUUCACCUGGUCUCAACCUCAGUUCUUGACAAACUCACAGUCUCACCUGGCCCACAGACCUACAGCAUCCCUGGGCCUGCUCUGGCCUCUGGUGAUUUUUCUUUACUGACCCCUACCUGUCUGAUCAGACCUUUUGUACACUUGGACAGAGAGAUUUGCAGCCCCUCUCCAGUGUAUGAUACUGACUCAAACCCAUAUGCUCAAAGCAUGGGGCUGUGAAUGAAAUCUACCAUUUCUGUGGCUCACAAAGCUCUCUCUCACACACACUCCAUUACCCAGUCAUUUACUUAAUAUCUCAGCACAUUAAGAAUUAAUAUUUCCAUGUUUUGUCCUCAAUCUUAUAUAAUUUCUUAUGUCUUCUUAUAUAAUUUCUAUGUCUCUUUAUAAUAUUUUUGACUAUGGUUGUCCUUAAAAUGCAUUCCUGCUUUGAUCAAAAUAUUAAAGUCCCUUCUAUUUUUAAAUGUUUUUAAGCUUAUUUAUUUUGAGAGAGAGGGAGAAAGAGAGCGUGCACACACAGUGGGAAAAGGGUAGAGAGGAAAGACAGAAUCCCAAGCAGGCUCCGCACCAUUAGCACAGAACCGGAGGCAGGGCUCAAAUUCACAAACCAAGUGAUCCUGACCUGAGCCAAGAUCAAGAGGCAGACACUUAACCAACUGUGCCACCCAGGUGCCCCUCCAGUCCCUUUUAAAGAUAAAAUGGAUAUUGUUGACAUUAGAGGAAAAGCCAGAAUAUACGAUUGUUUUCCCAGUUACUUUCUGUCCAUUUCUCUGCUUAGUCCAGAAUCUUAACGAGGCUAUUCACUCUAGAUUUUCUUAAAUAAAGUUUAGAAGUU